AUGGCACGUCGCCGAUCGGACGGUGAGACCGACCGCGUGCUGUCAAUUGCUGAAGACAAGCUAAGCGAGGUAUGUCAGGAGUUGUGCGGCAACGUGACCCAGCACUUGAGAGGAGCAACUAACCAACUCAUUCUCAAGCUGGAUGAGCGGCUCCGCCAGAAAAUGAGUGACAUGGACGAACGGCUCCACCAGAAGGUGAGUGACAUUCCAUGCAAGCUGACUGAGCUGGACCUUGAUGACGACAGCCCAAUCAAUGCGGUGGAUGUGCAGGCAAGAAAGUCAUCAAGGGCUUGGGGUGGUUCGCCAACACAGGAAUCCUGCAGGGAAUUCAAGUCGCAGUCGCCGGAUCGCUUGGUUCGCUCUGCGAGCCCCAAGAAGCUCCUUCGAGUCAUCGACGCUGACUGGGCCACCGACUCGGAGGACGCGCUCCAUCCAGGCAGUCAAUGGUCGACUCGCAUUGUCCCAGCACGCGAAGAGAUGAGCGAAGCCAGCGAUGCAAGCGAAGCCAGCUAUGUUGAUGCUGAUGCUGUCAAGAGUAUUAAAGAAGACUCUCGGCCCAAGGCUCCGUCUUUGGGUGUCCCUGCGGCGCCCAACAUGGGUCCAACAUGGUCAGCAAAGAGGGCCAAGCCUAGUGCCGCAGGAGGUCGCGCCGGAAUCGCAGAGAAAAUCUUCGGCCUUGUGCCUGACUUGGUGGAGUCAAAGCGCAAGGACAUGUCUCCUUGUCGCCAAUUUGUGAAGCGAAUCCUGUGCAGUACCUGGUUUGAGUGCGUCGCAAUGGGCAUGAUCUUACUCCAUUCGAUGCAAAUUGGAAUUCAGAUCAACUACUUGGCGGAGACAAGGGAAGUGGAUGCCGGCCCUGCAUGGCGAGUAGUUGACUUGCUCUUCUGCGCCUUCUUCACCUUGGAAGUGAUCCUCAAGCUCUUUGUGUAUCGUCUGCGCUUCUUCUGCAUGCAUGGCUGCGCAUGGAACAUUCUGGAUUUCAGCGUGAGUGCUCUGCAGAUAUUUGAGGAGACGGCCGCCCUUGUCUUUGCUUCAGCCAGCAAUGAUGAGCCAAUUAUGAGCAGUGGUGUGAUGCGCACCGUUCGUGUGCUGCGUGGCAUCAAGGUCAUGCGCCUAGUGCGCACGGUGCGUUACGCAGAAGAGCUUCAGCUCAUCGUGAGUUGUCUGAUCCUGUCGCUCAGAACUUUUGUUUGUGUAUUGUCUCUCCUCAUCAUGACGAUAUAUGUGAUGGCCAUCUACGCUACUCAGGCUGUGUAUGUGCACCGCAUCGAAAAUCCGGACAGCAAGGGCAACGACGACCUGACAAAGUGGUGGGGGUCAAUCCCCAUUAGCAUGCUCUCGGUUUUCCAGGCCUUGAGUGGAGGAGUUGAUUGGAACGAUAUUUCCAGUCCUUUGCUGGAGUAUGUGUCGCCUGGCUUUGGGCUCGUUUUUGUUCUCUUCAUGGCCUUUUGCUACCUGGCCCUCAUGAAUGUGAUUACUGGAACCUUUGUCGAGGCCGUAGCGCGUCAGGCGGGGCACAUCAAGAUCCGCACUCAGGUUCUUCAAGCGAGGAGGGUGUUUAAUCAGAUUGACUCCGAUGGCUCUGGCUUCAUUUCGCUUGAUGAGAUUCGAAACCAGACAGCAACAGCAGCUGUUGCUGACUUCUUUGACUCCAUUGACGUGGAUACAUCCGAAGCGGAGUACUUGCUGGAGGUGCUGGACGCAGACGGCAGCGGGACCAUUGCCUUCGAAGAGUUCCUGCAUGGUGCGCUGAGGUUGAAUAGCGCGGCAAGAGCUGCAGACUUGCUGCUUGUGGCACGGGAGUUGAAGAGGUUUUUCAUCCACAACACUGCUGAGAUGCAUCUCAUCAAGCAGAAGCUUGGCAUCAUGUGA